AUCAUGAAUGACAUGAAUGGACCCUAGACAGCGUCCGUGCUUCCACGCGGAUGCCCCUGGUCGGCAGUCGGAACACGAAAGAGGGGCGUGCGGACCUGAGUGGCCUGUCAACGCCAACGGCUAAACAAUUUCGCGACAUCUGGAACACGACAUUUCAUGCAACUGAGCAGGACUUGGGCAGUGAAGUUGUUGUCUGCACUGCCCAGCUUGCACGCGUCCUCGAGAUGCAGCUAAAGACGCUAUGGAUUUUUGGUCGCGCCUCCUAGCACACACGCCGCUGGCGUCGGCAAGCUCCCGCAGGGACUUUGCGAAGGACCCCGCCCGUCGCCUGCACCGGUUCGAGAAGGAAUACAGCCAGCUUCUGCACAUCUGGCGCAACUCCUCCAGCCUCGCGCACGACGACGAGGCCGCCGAGCAGAUCGAGAUCCGCCUCCAGGAGCUGACAAACCUAUUGAGCGACGAGUCCCGCCGGCCGUUACCCCAUCCCUGCAUCGCGUUCGCUGCCGCCAAACAGGUCUAUAUUCCCGUGGCCAAGAUCGCGACAAGCUCCUUCAACGAGUGGAUUGUCAAGGAGGCCGUCCUCUUCUUUGCGAGCUUGAUCGAGAGCGAGGAGGAGGCCUUUGUCGAGAACGACGCGUUCGCCGUCAGCCUGACCAACCUGCUGGUUCGCAUAACGGGCACCAAUAGCAUCCGUCUGAGCGCCGACACCGAAUCCCGCGUUGUCGAGCUCGCCUUCAACAUCACGACCAAGAUCCGGCUGAAUCCUCAGAUUCUCAAUGCUUGGUUCAAGUCGCAACAAAAUGGCCCGCCAACGGCAAAGCAACUGGACGAUCGUGAGAAGUUUGCGGGUAGGACCCAAAAGCAGGACUUCCCCUUGUUCUACCUGCUGGUGGACUACAUCCACCACGAGGGCAAGGUCGGUGAUUUUGCCCGGACCGGCCUGCUCUACAUCAUCGAGGCAGCAUCAAGUUCGGUCAUGUUGGAGCAAUGGAUUGUCGAAAGCGACCUGUCGACGCUAAUGGCCACGGGAUUGGGAGCUCUGUAUAGCCAACUGAGCCGCAAACUUGUGAUCGACCACCCGCCCAACGAACUCCCACCGAUUCUUGCAUUCUCCGACUACCAGCAUCCCAAGUCCAACUACGAGAUUGUCAGUUCCUGCUCCUUCGAGUUCCAGUCGCACCUCGACACCUUUCUCUCCAACCUCCUCUUUUGGCAGGAUGUCUUGAACCACUGCCGGUCUGUUGAGGUCAAGUCCACUCUGCUCGAGCACUUCCAAGUUAUUUUCCUGCAGCAAUUAUUAUACCCCUCGCUUCUCGAGUCUUCUGACGUCGACGGCGGCUCAUCGGUCGCCGUCCUGACCUAUCUUCGCCGCAUUCUGGAAUCGCUGGACCAUCCCGACAUGGUCAAUCUCAUCCUCCACUACCUCCUCGGCUUGCCUGAUAUUGCUGGGCCUGUCAGUGCUAAGUCUGGGGACAAGGUGAGCGCCGCGCGCAAGCGCAAGUCGCUCGAUCUUGCCACCAUGAUGGCGUCCAAGGGCGAGGCUGCCGCAGACCCAUUGCUUUUCAACCUCGUCGAUCUGAUCUUGGCCUGCCUCCGUUCACAGAACAGCCAGACAGUCUACGUCACCCUUCAGUUGGUUUCGGUGAUCCUUAAGAGGCAUCACCGGUAUGCUGUUAUCACCCUGCUCUACACGGAAGGCGUGCUCGGGGAGUCGCAACAUCGCACAUCAGGCGCCCACCAGCAAGAGGUCGAGUACCUCAUGUCGCUGGCUGGAAGUGUGGGAGGACAGGACAACUUCGACGAGAUCUAUGACAAUAUCCUCAAGGACACCCUGGUACGACUAGAAAACCACCCGUGCUCCAUAAGGCUGGUCACACCAAGGACGUCCACCCACAACCACAAACUCCCGGAGGUUCCAGACGGCCUUCCAGGAGCACCAAGGGAUGUUCGGUCCCACACUCUUCACCCGAGCGAUCCCCUGCUCAACAUUGUGCUUGACCGGCUCGAGACCUUCUUUCUCAACCCGGUCGAUAUUAACCUUGCCCUUACCGAGACUAUCUUUGACCUCGCCGUCUGUGGCUUCAUGCACCUCGAAGGGUGGUUCAUGCGGAGUCCACAGACCUAUGAAUACGACGAGGAGGACGAUAGUCCCCCGUUACCUGACCCACCAUUGGACCCCGACUCCCAGGAAUACAUUGAGUACAAACAGAUGCAGUCCAUGCGGGAAUCCCGGCGGCGUCCUAGAUGGACCCAAUCGAGUCUGCCUCGCCUGUUGAAGACCCUUCAGACCCUCUGCGACCAGGUGGUGGCGUACCGGGAGACCGUUCCGCGCUUCGACGAUCUACUACAGCAGCGACGGGAGGCGUUCCAAAUCGCAGACAGUGCGAGCCAACCCCUACCUCUGCGGACCAGAACGCCAGUGUCGCAAGCAUCAACCGCCGUGGCGAGCACCUCCACGAUAGAUCGGCCGGCGGCCUUCGACGACAGCCGUAACACGUCCCGAGAAAGGCCGUCUGGACUCGAGGGCUUCGCCCAGCGUAUCCUCUCAGAGCUGGGCACGCCCACGCGCUCCGGCAGUCCCCGGGCCCACACCAAAGACCCCAAGCGAACCAUCCCUGACCGCGCGACGUCUGGCCCUCCCGCGCCCACUGACACGCCGUUGCGACCACCCACACAGGCCGGCCGGUCUUUCUCCCCAGGUCGGCCCAUCACUCCGAGCGCGCCCGACGCCUUCGCAAGCCAGACCAAGGCCUUCCAGGCCAUCGACCAAAGCAUUCUCGCCAGACGAGUGGGGCUCCCAGAGUUCAAGAAUGCCAAGGACAGCCAGCUGGAGCCGAUCUCGCUGAGCUUUGACAGGCAACGGACAGCAGGCGGGGUCUCGGCGUCGGAUGAGAAGCUGGCGGCGGACGAGGAGGCCAAGGCCGAGGAGGGCGGGGGCGAAGAUGCGCUGCUGGCGCCGUCGGAGGAUGAACAGGCUGACGACGACAACAACGAAGGAGACGACGCGCAUGCGGACGGUGGCACGCCGACGGAGGACAAGACGGUGUCGGUGUCGCAUGUCUUGACCAAUGUCAUUGUGCUGCAGUCGUUCCUGUUUGAGCUGGCCAGCUUGGUGCAGGUCAGGGCCGGGCUGUUCGACGAGGUGCGGUUUGCUUAGGAGGCGGAUAGUACGAAUGACGUUCCGUGGCGACGAGGGGUUGUGCGCGGGGAGUGGUUGGGUCGUCCGUUUGAUGCGGCGGAAGUCCUUGGGGAGCUGUUUGGCUUGGCCCUGAAGGGCUGCUAUGAUCGGGAUGUGUGGACUUGAUUACUACUAGUAGUAGGUACCUUAGUUGUGGUUGUGUUUGCGGGUUCCGUUGUGUAAGGUUGGUAGAGUCUUUUUG